UUCUUGAUUUUUUCCAGCUGUUUAUUGAUAACCACAUUCUGGGAAUUAUCAUAAGGGAAACAAAUCGCUAUGCCCGCCAGACAAUGACACAGAGGCAAAAGGAUCCAAAUUCAUGGAAAGAGGUUUCUUUAGAGGAACUGAAAGCUUUUCUUGGACUUCUUAUUGCCAUGAGUAUUCACCGGGUACCUAGUUUGAGAGAUUACUGGUCAACUGACUGGGUAUUAGGAGUCCCAGCUUUCUCAAAAGUCAUGGCCAGGGACAGAUUUUUAGACAUAUAUUACAAUAUUCAUUUGUGUGACAAUUCACAAAUGCCCCAACGUGGCGAUGAAAACUUUGAUAAGCUGUUCAAGGUGAGGAGUUUUAUGGAGAAUCUGAACACAAAGUUUAGAAUGAAUUACAAUCCUCAUCGAGAGCAGGCAAUAGAUGAGGCCAUGAUCAAGUACAAGGGGCAAACAUCGUUGAAACAGUACAUGCCAAUGAAGCCCAUAAAGAGAGGCAUAAAAAUGUGGUGCAGGGCUGACAGUUCUAAUGGAUACCUGUGCGAAUUCUCUAUAUAUACUGGGAAGUCACGUCAAGGUGUUGAACAUGGACUUGGAUACACUGUAGUUUCAAAUUUGUGUCAGCACAUAAAAGGGAAUUGGUACAUUAUAUUCUGUGACAAUUUCUUUACCUCAGCAAAGUUGAUUGAAGAUUUGUACCAGAACAAGAUUCUUUGCUGUGGUACCCUGAGGUCAGGUCGCAAAGGCUUUCCAAGAGAACUGUUCGACAAAGCUGCCAUAAAACGCAUGCAAAGAGGGGACAUUAUUUGGAGAAUGAAAGGUCCCAUGCUGGCGUUGACAUGGAUGGACAAGAAAGCUGUGCAUGCAGCAGGCACAAACCAAAAAGCUCCAUCAGAUGACCUGCCAACAGUCAACAGGAGGAAGAAAGAUGGCACUGUUGAGCAGGUUCCCUGCCCCGAAACAGUGUCAUCUUACAAUGCCCAUAUGGGGGGUGUCGACAGAAAUGAUCAGAUGAAGUCCUACUACACGAUCCCUGUUGCAGGGAAGAAAUGGUGGAGUAGGAUCUUCUAUGAUUUAAUUGACAGGGCAAUUUUCAACAGUUUUGUUCUGUAUCAGGAAUCCCCACAUUGCGCGUCAAGAAACCUGAAGAAAUUUCGAAUUGACCUUGCCAAGCAGCUUGUUGGCAAUUUCUGCUCACGUGGAAAGAGGGGACGGCCUUCUGAUGAAGGGCCCCAGCUUGCUCGCUACAUUGAGAGGCACUUCCCAGACUUCUUGCCCUUAAAUGAAAGUGGCAAGAGAAAGGAAAGAAGAUGCAAAGUGUGCUAUGACCGGGGAAUAGUGAAGAAGACCAGCUACUUUUGUCCGGAUUGUGACGUCGGCCUGUGUGUGGCACCUUGCUUCAGAGUGUUCCAUCAGCCUUGAAUUUCAACAAUGUGAAGAACAGGCAUUAAGUUAGUUCAGUUUUAGAUACUUUUUAGCUUUAAAGACAUGAAAACACUUUCAGAAACAAAGUUUUUUUUAUUAUUCAGUGAACAUUAAUUUAGGUGAUUGCGUGACGUGACACAUGCCGUGACAAAAUCGACAUAUAGAAGAAACCAUUAUGAACCAGAACACCAAGUUAGGAGUCAAAAUCAUCAGUAUAAACUACUCUUUAUUUUAAGCAACAUUUCAGAAUUUUUCUCUCAAAUCAGAAAGAAUUGUGCUUCUUCCAAAGUCAGUCAAGCAUUGUUUUGUGACAGUUGAGAUCAUAUUUCACGUCAUCUGACAGCUGUCAAACCAAACAUAAUCAUCGAAUAAGUAUGAAUUUGUAUUGUACAUUUAUUAAUCAAGACUAUGACCAAGUUUCAGGGACUUAUCUUUAUUAUUAAAUUUUUUAUGAUUUUUUUUAAAAAUUACAACUAAGAAACUUGUGUAAACUCAAAAAUUAAUUCAGGUCCCAAAGG